UAUAAGUUAUAAUAUUAUAACAAGAUCCCAUAAGAAACAGCUGCUCUGAGAAGGUUCUGACGAUGAAACUGGCGUGGUUAAUAAUCCUCUUGGUGGAUUUCUGCUAUGGGGAACCAGUCACUGACGUAUGGCGCCGUGAUCAACCGAAAUCUAUUUUUCCAGUCAACGGAAAACACCUUCGCUUGCUUGCUAAUCCACUCGAUGGAAUUUUCGACUUGAAAAGAAACUCGACUGGUCAUGUCGUCCAGUUAGCGGGACCUCUUCCUCUCGCACUCGAUUGGCUUUCACAUCGCUACAACUUCACAUACUCCUACGUUCCCAUACUUGAACCUCGUAUAAACGUGGAUGACUUGCCCAACAAACGUGGAGGAAUAGGCUACUUACGUCAAGGGGAGGCUGACUUGUUCAUCAGUGCUAUUGUCGGAUCUCCAACCCGAUUUAAAUAUGCAGAUUACUCCGCACCGUGGUUGUCUUCUCCAUUUAGUAUCCUCAUUCCCAUCCCCAAUUCUUCUGCUAAUGUUGGCGCAUUGAUUGAGCCGAUGAGUACUGAAGUGUGGAUCUGCAUCGCUCUAUCAGUUCCGGCCGUCAUUGCAAGUCUGAUUGGUCUGAGCAAAUGUAUUAACGCACUCAACAAGCGAAUAGGAUCAAAACCAAUAGAAAAUAAUUCCGGUGGCAGUAUUCAAAUAAUCGACUAUGUCGUCUGCGUCAUUCUUUCUCAAGGUGCAUAUUGCGAGAAGAGACAGCUAGCGUUUCGUAUAGCAGCGGCUGCCUGGUGUCUGGCUUGUUUCGUUCUUGUUCAAGCCUACAGUUCGACGCUGAUCGCUUUCAUUACGUCACCAAAUACUAAACCCAUAAUCAAUUCAGUUUACGAUAUUCCUAAAGUGCCCGGUCUAAAAAUCACAGUCGACAGAGAUUAUGGAGCAGAUAUAAAGCUGCUGGCAAGUUUUUCCGCUUUAUCUGCCUAA